AUGGCGAUAGACCGGCGGCGCGAGGCGGCGGGCGGCGGGCCCGGGAGGCUGCCGCCAGCGGCCGAGGAGAACGGCGCCUUGCCGCCCGGGGACGCGGCGGCCUCGGCGCCCCUCGGGGGACGCGCGGGCCCCGGCGGCGGCGGUGACAUCCAGCCGCUGCCCGCGCCGCACGCCGCCGGCGGCCCGCACCCGAGCCUCCUGUUGCUGGACUACGACGGGUCGGUGCUGCCCUUCCUCGGGGGCCUGGGCGGCGGCUACCAGAAGACCCUCGUGCUGCUCACCUGGAUCCCCGCGCUGUUCAUCGGCUUCAGCCAGUUCUCGGACUCCUUCCUCCUGGACCAGCCCAACUUCUGGUGCCGCGGGGCCGGCAAGGGCGCCGAGUCGGCGGGGGUCACGGCCACGGGCCGGUGGGACGGCGGCGACCUGGCCAACGGGACCAGCCCCCCGACCACCCUCUUCCCCGCCGCCCCCUGGGGGACAGCGGGCCCCCUCGGCAACGGCAACGGCAGCGGCGCGGACGGGGGCGAGGCGCCGCCCCUACCGUCCCCCCCGGACAAGGGGGACAACGCCUCCAACUGCGACUGCCACGCGUGGGACUACGGCAUCCGCACAGGCCUGGUGCAAAACGUGGUCAGCAAGUGGGAUCUUGUGUGUGACAAUGCCUGGAAGGUCCAUGUCGCUAAGUUCUCCUUACUGGUUGGAUUAAUCUUUGGCUACCUGAUAACUGGAUGCGUUGCUGACUGGUUUGGCCGGCGGCCUGUGCUGCUCUUCUCCAUCAUCUUCAUCCUCAUCUUCGGACUGACUGUGGCGCUGUCUGUGAACGUGACCAUGUUCAGCACACUCAGGUUCUUCGAAGGGUUCUGCCUGGCGGGAGUGACCCUCACCCUGUACGCGCUGCGAAUAGAGCUGUGCCCCCCGGGGAAGCGAUUCAUGAUCACGAUGGUGGCGAGCUUCGUGACCACGGCGGGGCAGUUCCUCAUGCCCGGGCUGGCCGCCCUGUGCCGGGACUGGCAGGUGCUGCAGGCGCUCAUCAUCUGCCCCUUCCUGCUCACGCUGCUGUACUGGUCGAUCUUCCCCGAGUCCCUGAGGUGGCUCAUGGCCACCCACCAGUUUGAGUCGGCAAAGAAGCUGAUCCUGCACUUCACGCAGAAGAACCACAUGAAUCCCGAGAGCGACAUCAAAGGCGUCAUGCCCGAGCUGGAGAAGGAGCUCUCCCGGAGGCCCAGGAAGGUCUGCAUCGUGAAGGUGGUGGGGACCCGGAACCUGUGGAAGAACAUAGUGGUGCUGUGUGUGAACUCGCUGACCGGCUUCGGGAUCCACCACUGCUUCGCCCGCAGCAUGAUGGGCCACGAGGUGAAGGUGCCGCUGCUCGAGGACUUCUAUGCGGACUACUACGCAGCGGCCGGCAUCGCCCUGGCGUCCUGCCUGGCCAUGUGCCUGGCGGUGCGCGUCCUGGGCCGCCGGGGCGGCCUGCUGCUCUUCAUGAUCCUCACUGCCCUGGCCUCGCUCCUGCAGCUCGGGCUGCUCAACCUGAUCGGGAAAUACAGCCAGCAUCCAGACUCAGAGUUGCAGCUGAAGUUGGCCGUAGGAAUGAGCGACAGCGUCAAGGACAAGUUCUCCAUCGCUUUCUCCAUCGUGGGCAUGUUCGCCUCCCACGCGGUGGGGAGCCUCAGCGUGUUCUUCUGUGCAGAGAUCACCCCCACGGUCAUCAGGUGCGGCGGGCUGGGGCUGGUGCUGGCCAGCGCGGGCUUCGGCAUGCUGACGGCGCCCAUCAUCGAGCUGCACAACCAGAAGGGCUACUUCCUGCACCACGUCAUCUUCGCCUGCUGCACGCUCAUCUGCAUCAUCUGCCUCCUGCUGCUGCCCGAGAGCCGGGGCCAGAGUCUGCCCGAGAGCAUCCCCGACGGCGAGCACUACACGCGCCAGCCUCUCCUGCCGCCCCGGCGCGGCGAGCAGCCGCUGCUGCCCACCCACGCCGAGCUCAAGGACUACUCGGGGUUGCACGACGCGGCUGCCGCAGGCGACGGGCUGCCUGACGGCGCCACGGCCAACGGCGGGCGGCCCAUGUAGCUGGGCGCGGCCGUGGGAGACCCCGCUCCGCGGAGGCUGGGGACCCGAGGGUGGGGGUGGGGGACACUGCAAAACUCUCGAGGAGCGCCCGCGUCUGAGGGAGCAGACCUAGCAGACGACCCUUCAGAGACUUUCUUUUCUGCCAUGAAAUGUUUGUAUUUAUUUUGGUCAUUUUUACAAGAAGCACUUUAUUCCCUUCCCUUCACUGAUCUCAAAACGGAGCCCCCUCCUCGGGAAGGACGCGCGCACGCAGGGACCGCGCAGCCCGGCUCCCGGGGGGUCCCCCUGCCCCCGAGCAUUCCCACGGCUGCACUUUCCUCAGACUGAGAUGUGAAUGGUUAGGGUUUUGCUAAAGUCUCUGUGAUGGUUUGUAAAGGUCUUUUCUGUAAGGGAAGAACUUCCGCUCUGUGUUAAGGAAAAGCAGCUCACAAUCUCAUUAAAACCAGCUUCGUCUCUACUUGGAGAUCAUCCUUUUAUACUUGACCCGGAAGCUCUUUCAGGGGAAAAGCAUCACCACUUCACCGGAAGUCGUAAAUGGUGAGUGGUGACAUCGCCAAGGUCUUCCAGCGUAGGUCUGCCGGCUCCGCUCCCCAGCAGCCAGCGCCUCGCCUCCGCGAGUCAGUGCUGGGCCCUCCUCCCGGUGCAGCUCCGCAGGAGAGGCCCCCCCGCGCCGCACCGCCUCGCAGUCAGCGUUUCUGCAGCACGACUUGAAUACCGGCUCCUUCCUGAACUAACACCGCACGGAAAUCACCAGCCUGGAGGCCCCGGGGAGCCUGCGGGGGACCAGCUGUGCCCUCUGCUUCCUCUGGCCAGGAGCGAGCCUCGGGCGGGGCCUGACCGCAGCCUCGGAGGACAUCGAGGCCGACCGAGAGAAGCAAUAACCCACCGGAGCUCGCCCCGGCCCCGGCCCCGGCCCACUGUGCUAGGGCGCGCCUCGAGUUCCUCGCCUCGGCCUCCCGACCGUCCAGGUUAGGCCCUCGGCUCCCGUCUGCGGCUGUUUCAGAAGCAGCGCAGGGGAGGCCAAGAAGCUACCCUCGCCAGCCAGGCGGGCACUGUCUUGCCGCAGCUCUGGCACCCGUCUGGGGACAGCCUGGGCUGCUCUGGAAGGCCCAGCCCCCAGCUCUGGGGCACGUCUUUGCUGUGGGCUGUUCUUCCAGGCAGAGUGUGGUCCUGGGUCUGCGCGAAGCAGCAAGUCAACUUUCAGCGCACAGUGGUGCAGCCCCCACGGCCAGGGAAGAGGUGAGCACAAGCCCCACGCUCCCCGCCUGACCCUCCGGCCUGUCUUCCCCCUGCCCCUCACUGUGCCCCUACAGGCUGGCUGACCCCGGCAGGGGCCAUGGGCUCAGGAGAACUUUGUGGGGAAGCAAGCAAACUCGCAGGCCUGCGUUCCAGCCCCUCCUCUCUCUCAGUCACUUCUGUUCUCUGUUUCCAUGGGCGGGUCACACUCACCUUCACCUCCAGGCCUGUCUGUCUGCUGCGCAGCUCAAGUGCCAAACUGGGAGGUGCCUCAGCCCUUCUCGCAUGCUGGGCACAGGGCCCCCCGGUCCAGGACAGGCCCACAGUGCAGGGGCCGGGACAGCAAGCGGGGUCCCCAGGCCCCACCCACCAGCUGUGCCUGCACCUGUGGCAGCAGCCCCAGGCCCUGCGUGGCCUCCCUGGCAGUGUAGACCUCUAGGGAACACGUGAGGCCGCAGGGUGUCCCCGCACACCACUCCCAGACUGUCCGUCUUAGGUGACCGCGGUAGAAGCUGGGCCUGUGGGGUCAGCACUGUCCUGUCACGGUCAGGCCCGGCUGCUGGACUAGAGAAGCUGGCUGAGCUGGGCUCCUGCAGGCGUGAGGGCGGCACUGCCCAGCAGAGGCCUGUGGCAGCACAGGCUUGGGUUUUGUGAGCAACAGCUGAGAAGCAGGGCCAAAGCAGAAAAGCCUCCCGCGGGCCAAGCCCCCGAGACCCCACCCGCGUGGGCAAGGCAGCAGGGCCCGCCUGCUUGGCCAGGCUCUGGUCACGCGUGGGCCCCCGCCCAUGUCCUCUGCACUCAGCAGGGAGAUGCUGCUCAGGCACCUGAAUGCCCGCUGCCCGGGAGACCAGCGCCGCCUCCAGCGCCAACCUGCACACCCCCAUCCCAACCCCAGGAAGCCAGGACCCUCUUCCAACAAGUCAGGCACACAAGCGACCCUUCUGCUUUCUGUUCUUUUCCAGAAACCAGUAACAACUCAUCCAAUAUCCUGCAUAUUACCACCCGAAACAAAGGGUCAAAGAGUUUAAAUGUCUCAUUUUCUAAGAGCCUGAUCACUUUCGACUAGGGGGAAGGGGCUGGUGAGCUGGUUUGACCACAGAAGAGCAAGAAUGAGGCCUCGCAGCGGAAGUACUGCCCCAGGUACCACUUCCUACAGCCAAACAAGGGGGCCGAGGGGCCACGAGACUGAGGGGACCCUGGCCAGGACGCAGCCCCGGGCUGGGGGAUGCAGCACGCCGGCCUUGCUGGGGGGCCCUCCGUGCCCCACAGCCCCGACCCGGAGGCUCCUGGGCGGGACCUGUGCAGCCCGUGAGUGGACGGGCCCCCUGGAGUGCCUGCUGGCAGCACAGAGCUGCGCCCAGCCCUGACCCGGCCUUCCAUGCUGCCUGCAUGCCGUCACGGCUGUUGUACCCCAGGGGGGGGAUCUGUGUAAAUGUACAGAAAUAAAGACGUUGCCCCAUUAACACACCUCCUCUGGAAUGUCUUCCCUACCUCAUCCGGUGGGAUCCCCUACAGGGCAUUUCACAACCACUGGCUACAAGGAAUAAACUCUGUUGCUUCAGGUC